AUGCGCGGACCGAUCUCUUCAUUACGGUUUGUGGCUGACUGGUCCAGCAUAUCGGCAUCCGAACACAUAUCUACGCAUCCAGUGUUUGAUUUGCAACGAAAUACAUCAAGAGGUGAAAAAAUUAUGGUGAAGCCGAGUGAUGGGAAGAAUCGCAAUGACAAUUUCUGGCAUGGAGAAGUAGACCGACUGUUAGCAAACGCUUUGCAGGAGACUAGCCAAAACGAACCCAAAGCAAAGACGAAGAAAAAGAAAAAGAAAUUGAUGAAGACAAAUGGAAACGAUAAAUCUGAGGUUGUUGAAUUAGACGACGAUAUCAUAGAAGUUACGGACGGGUCCUCACACUCUGUUCCUAACGGUGCUACAUCAAAAGAAGAUAAAGAAUUGAUACAGAAACAACAGGAAGAAAUACAAAAACUGAAAAGAAUCAAUGCCGAAUUGUAUAGUUUUAUGGCAAAAGAAUUAACAGAUAAGUAGUA